ACUGAACUCUAUUGGGGCUUUUUUUUUAUUUGACAAAGAGGAAGACACAUAUAUCGGAUCUAUGAAAAACCCACGUGGAUUUGUACAAUCAUUUUAAACCAGAAGGAAUGCAUAUUUUCUUUGCGAAACUAACUUUCUUAUUGUCGCUGAUAGGACUAACACGAGGCCAAAGAUGCUUCAUGCCCAUGGAGUCGUGUUUGAACCAGGGGAGGUGUGAAGCAACUUCAGAUGGGAAUGGAGAGUGCAAGUGCCGGACCGGAUUUGCAGGAGACAGGUGCCAGUUCCGCGACCCAUGUGUACCCUCGUCAUGCAUGAAUGGUGGCUCGUGUGCGACGGUGUCCAAGGGGGACAGGAUGGACUUCACCUGCACCUGCAGACCGGGCUUCACCGACCGCCUCUGCAUGACGCCCACUACCAAUGUUUGUUUCUCCUUACCGUGUCGCAACGGGGGCAUCUGUGAGGUUGAGACCCUCCAGACAUACAAGUGCCGCUGCCCGCCUGGAUGGUCAGGUAAACAGUGCCAACAAGCCGACCCCUGUGCCUCAAAUCCAUGUGCCAACGAUGGGCAGUGCUCUGCCAUUGAGUCCCACUACAUCUGUACCUGCACACCCUUCUUCUCGGGAAAGACCUGCACACAGGAUGUCAAUGAGUGUGACGUAAGUCCGUCACCCUGCAAGAACGGCGGAGCGUGCAUCAACGAGGUCGGCGGCUACCGGUGCCAGUGUCCCGCAGAGUACACGGGCAGGUUCUGCGAGAGCCGUUACCUGCCCUGCAACCCGUCGCCCUGUCACAAUGGAGGCACCUGCAUCCAGAAAGGAGAGACAAACUAUGAAUGUUCCUGUGUGCCAGGUUUCACAGGAAAAAACUGUAACCACAACAUAGAUGACUGUCCUGGACAUGAGUGCCAUAAUGAAGGGAUCUGUGUCGAUGGAGUCAACACCUACAACUGCCAAUGUAGACCAGAAUUUACAGGUCAGCUCUGCACAGAGGAUGUUGAUGAGUGCCAACUGAUGCCCAACGCCUGCCAAAAUGGUGGCACGUGUCACAACACGUAUGGCAGCUACCAGUGUGUGUGUGUGAACGGGUGGACGGGGGAUGACUGCAGCGAGAACAUCGACGACUGUGCCAGUGCCGCCUGCCACCAUGGAUCCACCUGUCAUGACCGCGUAGCUUCUUUCUUCUGCGAAUGUCCUCAUGGCCGCACAGGUCUUCUGUGCCAGCUGGACGACGCCUGCAUCAGCAACCCGUGUCAGAAGGGCUCCAACUGUGAUACCAGCCCCGUCAGUGGAAAUCACUUCUGUACCUGCCCUCCGGGCUAUGUCGGUACUUCCUGUGAUCAGGAUGUUGACGAGUGCUCUCUGGGUUCCAACCCGUGUGAGCAUGCAGGGAAGUGUAUAAACACCAAAGGCUCGUUCCAGUGUAAGUGCCAGCGGGGUUACGUGGGACCACGCUGCGAGCUCGACAUUAACGAGUGCAUGUCGAACCCGUGCAGGAAUGAGGCCACCUGCCUGGACCAAAUAGGAGACUUCCACUGUAUCUGCAUGCCAGGCUACGAGGGGGAGUUCUGCGAGAUCGAUACGGACGAGUGCGCCAACAGCCCCUGCCUGAACAACGGCAAGUGUAUCGACAAGAUCAACACCUUCCUCUGCCAGUGCCCCACAGGCUUCACUGGGAACCUUUGCCAGAUAGACAUUGACGAGUGUGCCAGCACACCAUGCAAAAAUGGCGCCAAGUGCACAGACGGGCCCAACAAGUACACCUGCGAGUGCACUGAAGGCUACUCCGGGAAGCACUGUGAGACAGACAUCGAUGAGUGUUACUCUUUCCCGUGCCACUACGGCACCUGCAUUGAUGGCCUGGCCUCCUUCAGCUGCCAGUGCAAGCCUGGUUACACCGGCCGGCUGUGUGAGACCAACAUCAACGAGUGUCUGAGUCAGCCGUGCAGGAACGGCGGCACCUGCCAAGACCGAGAGAACUCGUACAUCUGCAGCUGCCCUAAAGGCACCACAGGAAUCAACUGUGAAAUCAACAUUGAUGACUGCAAGAGCAACCCCUGUGACUAUGGCACCUGCAUCGACAAGAUCAACGGCUACGAGUGUGCCUGCGAGCCUGGCUACACCGGCACCAUGUGUAACAUCAACAUCGACGAGUGUGCCAUCAACCCUUGCCACAAUGGCGGCACCUGCAUUGACGGCAUCAACAGCUUCACCUGCGCGUGUCCAGAAGGUUACCAUGACGCCACCUGCUUCUCUCAGGUCAACGAGUGCCUCAGCAACCCCUGCAUCCACGGUCACUGUGAGGACAAGAUCAACGGCUAUAACUGCCUGUGUGACUCUGGCUGGAGCGGUAAAAACUGCGACAUCAACAACAAUGAGUGUGAAUCCAACCCGUGUAUGAACGGAGGCACCUGCAAGGACAUGACCAGCGGAUAUGUUUGCACCUGUCGCAUGGGCUUCACCGGGCCAAACUGCCAGACCAACAUCAAUGAAUGUGCCUCCAACCCUUGCCUCAAUCAGGGGAUGUGCAUUGACGACGUCGCAGGCUACAAGUGCAUCUGCAUCCUGCCUUACACUGGAGAGAACUGUGAAAUCUUGAUGGCACCCUGCAGCUCCAAACCCUGCAAACAUGGAGGAGUGUGUCAGGAGUCAGAGGACUAUCAGAGCUUCUCCUGUGAAUGUCCAGAAGGAUGGCAAGGCCAAACGUGUGAGGUGGACAUCAAAGAGUGUGUGAAGAAUCCUUGUCUCAAUGGAGCAACCUGCCAGAACACCAUGGGCAGUUACCGCUGCGGCUGCAAACCAGGCUUCACCGGACGCAACUGCGAAACCAACGUCGAUGACUGCAAGCCCAACCCCUGCAGCAAUGGAGGCCUCUGCAAAGAUGAGGUGAAUGGCUUCCUGUGCACCUGCCUGCCCGGCUUUCGGGGCACAAAGUGCGAAGAGGACAUCAACGAGUGUGAGAGCAACCCGUGUAAGAACGGGGCCAACUGCACCGACUGCGUCAACAGCUACACCUGUACCUGCCCUGCCGGCUUUAGUGGAAUCCACUGUGAAAAUAACACACCUGACUGCACUGAGAGUUCCUGCUUCAACGGUGGCUCAUGCAUGGACGGCAUCAACACCUUCACAUGCUUAUGUCCACCGGGCUUCACUGGGAGCUACUGCCAGCAUGAUAUCAAUGAGUGUGACUCCAAACCCUGCCAGAACGGCGGCACCUGCCAGGACAGCUACGGCACCUACAAGUGUACUUGCCCACAUGGGUACACUGGACUCAACUGUCAGAACUUGGUGCGUUGGUGCGACUCAUCACCCUGUAAGAAUGGGGGAACUUGCUGGCAGCAGGGCACCGCCUACAAAUGCGAAUGUCAGACCGGCUGGACGGGCCUUUAUUGUGACGUGCCAAGUGUCUCCUGUGAGGUGGCAGCCAAACAGAGAGGGGUUGCUGUCACCGAUCUGUGCCGUAACUCGGGCCAGUGUCUGGAUGCUGGAAACAUUCACUACUGCCACUGCCAGGUUGGAUAUACUGGAAGUUAUUGCGAGGAGCAGGUGGAUGAAUGCACCCCGAACCCCUGCCAAAAUGGAGCCACCUGUACUGACUUUCUAGGCGGAUACACCUGCAAGUGCCUACCAGGCUACGUGGGGACCAACUGCUCUGAUGAGAUCAAUGAAUGUUUCUCCCAGCCGUGCCAGAACGGGGGCACCUGCAUUGACCUGAUCAAUACCUACAAAUGCUCCUGUCCCCGAGGAACCCAAGGUGUUCACUGCGAGAUCAACAUCGACGACUGCAACCCGUUCACCGACCCGGUCACCAAGGAGCCCAAGUGUUUCAACAAAGGGAAGUGUGUGGAUCGAGUCGGAGGUUACCACUGCAUCUGUUCUGCGGGAUACGUGGGAGAGCGCUGCGAGGGAGACAUCAACGAGUGUCUUUCCAACCCCUGUGACCCGCGGGGCACACACAGCUGCAUCCAACUCACCAACAAUUACCGCUGCGAGUGUCGCACCGGAUACACAGGUCAGCGCUGUGACACAGUGUUUGAUGGCUGUAAGGGAAAACCGUGUCAUAAUGGAGGGACGUGUGCUGUUGCCAGUAACACCCCACAUGGCUUCAUCUGCAAAUGUCCUCCUGGUUUUGCUGGCUCCACAUGUGAAUAUGACGCCCAGACUUGUGGCAACCUCCACUGCCGCAACGGAGGGACCUGCAUCUCCGGCCAAAAGAGUCCCAAGUGUCUGUGCACACCAUCGUUCACUGGACCUGAAUGCCAGUAUCCCACCGACAGCCCCUGUAAUUCUAACCCCUGCUACAAUGGUGGCACAUGUGAAUACAUCUCUGAGGCUCCGUUCUACCACUGUGUCUGCCCCACCCUCUUCAACGGCCUCCGAUGUCACAUCCUGGAUCACGACUUCAAGGGAGGGCCUGGCGAUGAAAUCACGCCGCCGUCGGUGGUGGAGGACGUCUGUGAGAUCCCGCAGUGCGAGGAGCGUAAGCACAACAAGUACUGCGACGUGCUCUGCAACAACCAUGCGUGCGGCUGGGACAACGGCGACUGCUCGCUCAACUUCAACGAUCCAUGGAAGAACUGCACAGCCUCACUGCAGUGUUGGCGCUAUUUCAAUGAUGGAAAGUGCGAUUCACAGUGUGACAACGCUGGAUGCCUCUACGAUGGGUUCGACUGCCAGAACCUGGAAGGACAGUGCAACCCACUGUAUGACCAGUACUGCAAGGACCACUACGCUGAUGGCCACUGUGACCAGGGCUGCAACAAUGCAGAAUGUGAGUGGGACGGUUUGGACUGUGCCAAUAACAUGCCUGAGAAACUCGCCGUGGGCCAGUUGGUCGUGGUGGUCCACAUCACGCCCGAGCUGCUACUCAACAAUUCGUUUGGCUUCCUGCGUGAGCUUAGCAGGGUCCUUCGUACCAAUGUGAUAUUCAGGAAAAACCUUAAGGGCGAGAUGAUGGUGUAUCCUUACUACGGGAACGAACAGGAGCUGAAGAAGUACAAUGUGAAGCGCUCAGUGGACACGUGGCCAGAGGUUCCUGUCAAGGUGCUGAAUGUGGUGAAGAGGAGCCUUUAUGAUGUAGCAGGCGGGAGCAAGCGAGUGAAGAGGGAGUUGGAUCACCUGCAGAUCAAAGGUUCAGUCGUCCACUUGGAGGUGGACAACCGUCAAUGCUUCCAGCAGUCCUCCGAGUGUUUCCAGAGUACCAACGAUGCCGCAGCCUUUCUUGGGGCUCUGGCCUCCAGCGGCAAACUGGACGUUCCCUACACCAUUGAAGCCGUAUUCAGCGGUGUGGACCCCGAGCCAAGCCGACCCCUAUACCCAAUUUACCUGGUCCUGGCCGGCGUAGGGAUACUGGCCUUCAUCGGAGUGGGGAUGGUGGCUGCCCGAAAGCGCCGCCAUGAGCACGGGCGCCUCUGGCUCCCCGAGGGCUUCAAGACCACAGAGACUAGCAAGAAGAAGAGACGUGAACCUGUCGGAGAGGAUUCUGUGGGAUUAAAGCCACUGAAAAACACCUCAGACAUAUCACUGAUGGAUGACACCCAGAAUGAUUGGGGAGAAGAUGAGCCUUCGGACGCUAAACGCUUCAGGCAGUUUGACGAGCAGGCUAUACUUGAGGCGGACGACCAGACAGACCACCGACAAUGGACCCAGCAGCACUUGGAUGCUGCUGACCUGCGCAUCCCCUCCAUCGCUCCAACACCCCCCCAGGGCGAGAUUGAAAAUGACUGCAUGGAUGUCAAUGUCCGGGGACCAGAUGGAUUCACGCCCCUGAUGAUUGCGUCCUGCAGCGGGGGAGGGCUAGAGACAGGCAACAGCGAGGAAGAGGAGGAUGCCUCUGCCAACGUGAUCAAUGACUUCAUCUACCAGGGUGCUAAUCUUCACAACCAGACUGACCGGACAGGUGAAACCGCUCUUCACCUGGCUGCUCGCUAUGCUCGUUCUGAUGCUGCCAAACGCUUGCUGGAGGCCAGUGCUGACGCAAACAUCCAGGACAACAUGGGCAGGACGCCUCUGCAUGCUGCUGUGGCCGCUGAUGCCCAGGGCGUGUUUCAGAUUCUGAUAAGGAACCGUGCCACGGACUUGGAUGCUCGCAUGCAUGAUGGCACCACACCCCUGAUCUUAGCAGCCAGGCUGGCAGUAGAGGGCAUGGUGGAGGAGCUCAUUAACUGUCAUGCUGACGUCAAUGCAAUCGAUGAUUUUGGUAAAUCAGCCCUACAUUGGGCCGCAGCAGUAAAUAAUGUGGAGGCUGCUAUUGUGCUACUCAAGAACGGAGCCAACAAAGACAUGCAAAACAACAAGGAGGAAACACCUCUAUUCUUGGCUGCCAGGGAAGGAAGCUACGAAACUGCCAAGGUCUUACUGGAUCAUUUUGCCAACAGAGAAAUAACUGACCACAUGGACCGGCUACCCAGAGACAUUGCACAGGAGAGGAUGCAUCAUGAUAUUGUGCGUCUGAUGGAUGAGUACAAUCUGGUACGAAGUCCUCCCAUGCAUGGAGGGUCUCUAAGCACCACCUUGUCACCUCCUCUUUGCUCGCCCAACGGCUACCUGGGCAGCAUGAAGCAGCCUCUGCCUCAGGGUCAAGGUCAGGGCAAAAAAGCACGUAAGCCCAGCACUAAGGGCAUUGGGUGCAAGGAUGGCAAAGACAUGAAGGUGAAGAAGAAGAAUUCGCAGGAUGGGAAACCUGGAAACCUCCUGGACAGCUCAGCUGUUCUGUCUCCAGUUGACUCGUUAGAGUCCCCCCACGGCUAUGUCUCUGAUGUGGCCUCACCGCCCAUGAUGACCUCACCCUUUCAGCCAUCGCCAUCUGUAUCUCUCAAUCAUCUGCAGGGCAUGUCUGACCCACACCUGGCUGUAAACCACAUGGUGAUGCCUAACAAGCAGGAGCUGGCCCGGAUGCAGUUUGACCCACUGCCUCCCCGUCUCACCCAUCUGCCCGUGUCUGGCUCCGGUGGGCAGGGUGCCAUGAACGGGCAGUGUGAUUGGCUCUCCAGGAUGCACAGCAAUAUGAGCCAGCCGAGUCAGUUCAACCCGAUGAGAGGAGCACCCGGUGGUCAGGGAGGUUUGCACCAGGGUGGACAGCACGGGCUGAUGACCUCCCUCCACAAUGGCCACCCCAACACCAGCCUGUCUCAAAUGAUGACCUACCAGGGUAUCCAGAGCACCCGACUGGGUCCGCAGCCCCACAUCAUGCAGCAGCAGGCUCAACAGAUACAGCAGAUGCAGAACCUCCAGCAGCUACAACAGCAGCAGCAGCAACAACAACAACAAACCAUCCAGCUGCAGCACCAGAACUCAAACACAGCCAACAGCCAGAACUUCAUCAGCGGUGAGCUCGGUUCCCCGGAGCUCCAGCAGGGCACAGGCAACUCCAGCAUGCCCAUUCACACCAUCCUGCCACAGGAGACCCAGAUAAUGACCUCCUCCAUCAACCAGUCAAUGCCCAGCACCCAGUUCCUCACUCCUCCCUCCCAGCACAGUUAUUCAGGGCCCAUGGACAACACCCCAAACCAUCAGGUCCAGGUCCCCGAUCACCCCUUUCUGACCCCUUCCCCGGGCUCCCCGGAUCAGUGGUCAAGUUCAUCUCCUCAUUCUAACAUGUCCGACUGGUCAGAGGGCAUUUCAAGUCCACCGACUAGCAUGCAGUCUCAAAUUGGACAUAUACCUGAACAGUUCAAAUAAAAAGCUUGUAUCUUUACGCCCAGAUGAGCUGCUGAAUAUAUUUUUAUAAAAAAGGCACUCUGUGAAAAAAAAUUCAGAAAAAGGGCAAAGCUGUAAACAAGAGUUAAUAGGACUUUUUUAUAUGCUUUUAUACUAACAUCAACACCUGUGUUUCAUCCAAUCUUUUUAUUUAUUAAUGUCUUAUUUAUACGCAUUGCCUGCUUACGGAAAUUUCGGGAAUCCAUGGUGUUGGGUCAUAUGCAGGACAGAGGAAGUCCUUUAGAGAGACUCUUUUCUUGUAGUACUUAUUUUCUGCAGUGAAGUUGCGGCAUACACACUGGGUAUUUAUUUCCUGAAAGACUUUUAGUCUUUGCCUUUUUUCAUACUUCUCAAUCUUUGUUUAUAUUUUGUUAUUUUUUUGUAUAAUCUUGUUUAUAAAGAGAAUCAUGAUUAAGGGGCAUUUUAUAGAGCACAUUUUAAGUUCCAGUGUUAUUUCAUUUUGUAAGUGUGGAAAAUAUCAAGUCAGCUGCAGAUAAACAGGUUGUUAAUGUUACCAGAGCACGUGUCCUGUAUUUCAUUCACAGGUCCUGAAUGAUGUACAUUAGGAGCUGUUUCCCCAUAAUUCUCUGAGUUUAAAAGUCAUGUGAUUCUUUGUUACACCCAUAGUCGUGUACAUUUCUUGAAUCAAUGAAGCAACAUUAUGUUGUGCCUCUAGAUUUGAUUGAUUGUGUAGAGAUGUGGUGAUACGUUGUACAGUUUAAUGCCAUCUUGGAGAUUGGCAGUUAAGACAGGCUUGAGUAUCUGUUAGUCCUGUGGUGUUGGAGAACUGGCCCGUCGGCCACCAUGUAUGUUGUUGUCCAGAGGGAACAGGAAGCUUAAUUUCCCCUCUCCCUCCUAUUAGUUUGAGCCUAUGGCUGUGUUCUUCCCUUUGUAAAUAUGUUAAGCAUUUCUCUUGUAAGCAAGAUUUUGUUUAAGAAAUCUGAUGUCUUAAGCAUGCAAUUUUGAUAGGUCUCGCACCAGUCAACAGCCUCUAAAAUGUCAAACAGAACAGAAUAUAUAUUUUAUAUUGUACUGUCCCUUAUGCAUAAAUAAAUUUGAACUAUAUACAAAUAGAUACGAUAUAUUGUUUGUUAGGAGACAUUUUUUCUCAUAAAAAAGAAAAAUACAUAAAUAUUGAGGUUUUAUAAAUUCAUAUUUAUUUACUGUUCUGUAACGCAUAAAAAUCCACUGAGGCAACCAUUUGUGUAUGUUAAGAAAUGUUUUUGCUACACUUUGGUAAAAAAUUUAAAAAACUGUUGGCUAAGUUCUCAGUUGUGUCUACUUAAAUGGUUUGUGAGACACUCCCUGUUAUAGUUUGCAAACUGUUAUAAUUUAAAAGAAUAUUAGGUUGUAGUGAACUUGUAAUAUCUACAAUAUGUUUCUUCCACUUAUAAAGUUAUGAUUUGCAAGACAUGUAUUUUCCCUUUCAUUUCCAAUCUGUAAAAAUGUUUCUUGAUAUAAUAAACGGCACUUGUGUGUCUUA